AUGGGUUCCAUGGCGCUCCUCCGUUCCCUGGCCUGCGUCCUCAUCCUCCUCUGCUCGUCGCUCGGGGCAGCGAAUGGGAUGUAUCGUAGAGCUGGCGGCGCGGAGGGGGAGGAAGCGGGCGGCAGGGUCGCCGGCGGCGCCCGCGGCGGCGUCAGGAGCGCGUGGCCGGGGUACCUCUACACCAGAGCAGUCGGGCGAUGCACACCCCAGUUCUGGAGCAGCGGGGCUGAGCAAUGGCCCAACAUCGUGCCCCAGGAGGCGGCGGUGUCCAAGGUGUUCGGGUCCAGGUCCAUGGACAAGUACGGGCCGCGGCUCACCCUGCUGGAGGCCACCAUGAGGACCGACGACGUGGGCAGCCCCUUCGUGAAGCUGGUGAAGCACGGCAGCGCGGCGCUCAUCAACGCCUACACGCGUACGGGCUUCCCCUUCGACUCCUGGGAGGUGAAGGCGCUGCUGCUGGAGGCGCUCGUCUCCGAGGACGCCGCCGCCGCCCAGGCCGAGCGGUUCCAGCAGGCCAACGAGUCGUGCGUCUGA